AUGUCGACCUCGGUGAUCGCAAGAAUGAAGAAAAGAGACGGAUCGUCUGGUUCACCCGUGCCAGCGGAUGGGCACUCGGGCGAUGCGGAGCAGUGUGCUCGCCCGGCGGAACAGCUCCAGGACCCGGACGUCACGGAUUCGGCCAGGACGAUUGAGCCCAAGCGCGAUGCGGACGCCAUGGUACAGGACACAACCCCGGAUGGUAUACCAGUAAACAACCGGGUGGAUACGGGGUCCGGGAAGGAUGCUAUGGUGAUCUCUGAGGAUGAACGGGCUGUGCCGUUGACUCCUCCUCGACAGUUUGUGAUGCCCCAGCCCCCGGCGAACCGCCGGGCACAGACGAUUCGAACCCGCGGCCGGAAGGUUUCGCCCAUUCCCAUUUCCAGCGACUCCGAACCCGACGGACAGUUCUAG